ACCGAAGUACACGCGGUGUGUGCGGGGGUGCAGUGCGAGGCGGGCAAAGUGAAGGUGAAGUACCUCGGCGGCGACGCGUGGCAGGAGUGCCCCGAGGGGACGUCUAUCACGCCGAAGUCGGCGCACUUCAAGGACGGCGGCAAGAUCAAGUGCCCGAAGUACGAGGAGGUGUGCACCAUGGCCGCCAACGGCAGCAGCCUCGUCAAACUCAGCUCCCCAGACAAGGACGGCAAAAAAGACGACAAGGACGGCAAAAAGGCCGACACGGACGGCAAAAAGGCCGAUAAGGACGGCAAAAAAGGCGGCCACGAUGGCAGUGCCGCUGUUGCUGUUCUCUCCAGUCUGCUUCUCCUCGCCACGGUCACCGCGGCGGCGGCGGUAGUGCCGCUUUGA